AUGGCCAAUCUAAACGCAGUAUACGCCGCCCCAGACACGAGCAAGACCUUCGAGCAUGUGAUCCCCACCACAACCGGCACUCUCGCAGCCAAGCAGGCGCACCUCACAGCCCUGCAGGCACAGGUGCCCAAGCUGCAAGACGAGAUCAAUGCCUUCCUGACCCAACGCAUGGAGGAAGAUAAGAAAGCAGGAGCGAUCUCCGCCCAAGAAGCCAAGGAAGAAGAAAACUACGGAGAAGAGGUUGUUGAGGAAGCAUGA